UCCCCACCCCACAGAUUCCCCGAAGACGCGGAAGAGAAGCAGGGCAGAGAGCACCGACAACCCCAGCAGCUGCCUCAGCCUUGGGCGGAGCCGACCGCUUCGCUGCUUCCUCAGCAGCGCGCGGCGUUUGAAUGGGCCGGAAGUGGGAGUACAGCGACUUCCGGCAGUUGGGCUGUGAAGAGAAAGGAGCGUCGGGAAUGGCGACCAAGAGGCUUGCACGGCAGCUUGGAUUAAUUAGGAGAAAGUCAAUUGCACCGGCAAAUGGAAAUCUAGGAAGAAGCAAAUCUAAGCAGUUGUUUGACUACUUAAUUGUCAUUGAUUUUGAGUCGACUUGUUGGAAUGAUGGGAAACGCCACCGUAGCCAGGAAAUAAUUGAAUUUCCAGCUAUAUUGCUAAACACAUCAACUGGAGAGAUUGAAUCUGAGUUCCAUGCUUAUGUUCAGCCUCAGGAGCAUCCAAUUCUUUCUGAAUUUUGCAUGGAACUAACAGGCAUAAAGCAGGCUCAAGUUGAUGAAGGAGUCCCUCUGAAGAUUUGCUUAUCUCAGUUCUGUAAAUGGAUUCAGAAGAUUCAGCAACAGAAGAAAAUUAUUUUUGCUACUAGGGUUUCAGAUAUUUCUACCUCUGAAGUAAAAUUAUGUGCAUUUGUUACUUGGUCAGACUGGGACUUGGGGGUUUGCCUGGAGUAUGAGUGUAAAAGAAAACAGUUGCUGAAACCUGUGUUCCUUAAUUCUUGGAUUGAUCUCAGAGUAACUUACAAGAUUUUCUAUAGGAGAAAACCAAAAGGACUAAGUGGUGCCCUGCAGGAGGUGGGAAUAGAAUUCUUGGGACGAGAACAUUUUGGGUUGGAUGAUUCUAGGAAUACUGCCCUUCUUGCUUGGAAAAUGAUUAGGGAUGGUUGCUUAAUGAAAAUUACAAGGUCCUUGAACAAGGUUCCCACUAAGAGGAAUCCUAACAUUUUCACCAGAAAUUUGAAUAUGGAUCAAGUUGAAGAAAUAUCAGCCUGCAACAGUAGCAUUCAUGAUCCCAGCAUAUAUGGUGGGGAGCCUAAAAAUACAAUAAAAUCCUACGAGGAAGUUCAAAUGAAGUCAGUUGGUGUGAAUUUUCCUAUAAAGGUACAGCAAGAUCAGUUACAACUAAAGGGCAAUGGAAAAGCAGGUCUUCAGAAUGUCAAAAGCUGUUUAUCUCUUUUUAAUACUAAGUCCUGGACCUGUCUGGGGCAGUUACAGUCUUCCAGUUUGAAUACACCUAUGCAGAAGCAAAUAAACCAACAUCUUGCAUUUAAUACCAAUUCUGAGUCUUCAACAGUUGGUUCAGGAUUGAUACUUGUUUCAACUACCAUUUCAUCUGUUAAUAAUGUUUCUGAUAUGGAAAUGAGUUCUGCUCUUGACUGUUUACCUAUGUUGGCUGAUUGGGAGGAUGUAGCUUUACUGCCAUCAUCUCAACCUGAGCAGAAUAUAUAUUGUAUGCCUCCCAUUAGUGACUCAAACUUAGACACUUCAUUUAAUUCUGGAGAAAGAUUAAUGGUUUUAGAAAAAUCUGAGAUGUUAAGUCAAGAAAACUUUGGAGGCACAGAAGAAACUCCUCAAAAAUCUGAUACCUCUAAGUCUAUUGUAUAUAAGAGUCCACAUACUACUAUUUAUAAUAUAAAAGAAGCCAAAGAUCCAGGUUCAGAUGCUUUUGACUUUAAGUUACCUGAAUGUAAAUCAAGUAGCUUCAACAGUGUUAAUGCCAAUAUGUCUCAUCCUUUAGUUUUGGGGAAACAUCCUCUUCAUUUAGGUGGUGCUAAGAGGAAUCCAUCCAGUCCCCUACCUUUCCCACCAGCAAAAAAACAGACCUUCACUAUUCAUGAAGAAAAGCCUACGUCAUCUAAUGGCUCCCCAGGGGGAAGUUCUUCCAGGAAGGUUCUCCCUUCUAUCUUAACUUCUACGGUUAAUGUACAAGAUCCUUGGAAGGGUGGGAAAAUAACACCUCCUUUAUGCAAGUGUGGCCGAAGAUCUAAGAGACUUGUUGCUUCUAAUAAUGGACCGAACCAUGGAAAAGUCUUCUAUUGUUGUCCUAUUGGGAAGUACCAAGAAAAGGGAAAAUGUUGUGGUUAUUUCAAAUGGGAACAAACACUUCAAAAGGAGAGAGCCAACAGCAUAGUUCUGUCUCAUUCUCCAGGGGGACUCACUUUUAACUCUCCAGAAACAAGCCAUAUUUUUGACAGAAAUGUAGAUUUUUCUACUAAAAAUUCAUUGAGACUCAGACCUUCAAUGAGGAAUUGACUUUUUUUUACAUGUAAACUAUGUUUUUAGCUCAAUGUGACUUUUACUGCAGUAAAGAGAAAAAAAAUUUGUAUAGGGCUACAAGUUGUGAGGACAUAGUGUAUCUGAGCUCUGUAAGCUACACUGAGGCUAUUCAACACAUUCUCACACACACACACACACACACACACACACACACACUGAAAAUAGAAAAAAGAAUUUCACAGGCUUCUAAUUUCAUUGACCAGUUAUCUAAUUUGUCUUCUGUUCAUGUAUGAAUCCUGAUUGCCCCUUGAAUUCCCACACAUUAUGAGUAUUCUGAUAAUGUCUUAUACUAUUUUAUUUAUAUUUCAUAUAUUAACCCAUGCCAAAUUUAUCAUACUUUUUUGAAGAACCACAAAUGAAAUACUUGGUAAACUGUAUUUAUUAGAUUAAAUAUAAUAAGCAGCAAUACUAGUAUAUGAUAUCCUUGUUUCUUUUUAUUGAAUUAUAAUUGCCAUGCAAUAUUAUAUUGGUUUCAGGUGUACAACAUAUGAUAUCCUUCUUUUACAGUUAGACCUUGAAACAAAUUUUAAACUAUUUUUAAUUGUUUGAAUAAAAAUGUGACCAAUAAAAAUCACUAGACUGUUUUCAAUUAUGAUAAUCUAAUAUUUUAAGUUUUUCUAAAAACUUUUAUAACUUUAGUUUUAUUUCAACCCUUGAAAAUUGGUUCUGAUUUGUAUGUCAACAUAUCAGAAGAAUUAUUCAACUAAGAUUUGAAAUCCAACAGGUCAGAGAUUUGGUUCAGAAACGCUUCUAUACUAUAUGUUUAAAAAUUCCUCGGCAGCUGAUGGUAUUCUAUUUAUGUUACCAAAUUAUAAGAACAUUGACACUACUGCAGAGGAAUUUACUCAAUAUUUUAUUUCAGAAUUCAGCCUAUGAUGUUAUAACCACAAGAUAUUUUAUUUAUUUAUUUAUUUAUGGCUGUGUUGGGUCUUCGUUUAUGUGCGAGGGCUUUCUCUAGUUGGGGCAAGCGGGGGCCACUCUUCAACGCGGUGCGCGGGCCUCUCACUAACGCGGCCUCUCUUGUUGCGGAGCACAGGCUCCAGACGCGCAGGCUCAGUAAUUGUGGCUUACGGGCUUAGUUGCUCCGCGGCACGUGGGAUCUUCCCAGACCAGGGCUCGAACCCGUGUCCCCUGCAUUAGCAGGCAGAUUCUCAACCACUGUGCCGCCAGGCAAGCCCCACAAGAUAUUUUAAAUUGAUUAGUUUAUAAGCAUACUGUCACAUUUUUAAAUCACCUUUUCAUAGUCUUGUGGUUUUACAGAGCCUUAUUUUAUAGAUACCAUGAUAAGUAAUGAAUUUAAAUUGUUUCCCAUUCUUUCUUCCUCAGUUCAUUUCUUUUUGUCUUCCCACUAAUAGUCUUUGGCAGCUCUUGAAUAAAUUCUACCUGUAGAUAUCAAGGGAAGAAAAUUAGUCCAGAAGUUUUCAUCUUUAGACAAAGUCAAUUAUAUAAAAGUUCUAUUAUGAACUCUAGGUGAAAGAAUCAGGACACCCAUUGGGGUGGGUUUUUGGUAACAACCAAAAAAGGGAGAGGGGUAUUGUUGAGGAUAUUUUUCUUGAUAUUUAGUACAGUAAGUCCCCUACACACGAACCUUCAAUUUGUGAACUUUCAAAGAUGCGAACGUGCAUCUGGUUCCAGCAAGGAACCCGAACCUGUGCCAUCAGCAUCAGGCCUGAGUGAAAUUGCAGCUUGCCCUCCGCCUCCUAUUGCUGACAAUCCUUCAACUCUACCUCUUCUCCCUCCUCCAGUCAGUAACUCUUUUUGCCUUUUCACUCGAGGCCAGCCCCUGUAUGCCAGCUGUUGUACUGUACUACUGUACUUUUCAAGGUACUGUACUGUAAGAUUAAAAAUGUUUUCUUUAUUUUUUGUAUUUGUUUUAUGUAUUAUUUGUGUGAAAUGUAUUAUAAACCUAUUACAGUACAGUACUAUAUAGCCGAUCGUGUUAGUUGGGUACCUAGGCUAACUUUGUUAGACUUAACGAACAAACUGGACUUAAUGAACAUGCUCUCCAAACAGAACUUGUUCGAAUAUAGGGGACUUACUGUAUUUACUAUAAGUCAGGUAAGCCAAAUGACCCAACAAAUUAGUUUAAGGGUUUCAUUUUAAUCUCAAAGAUUCUGAUUCUUAUCCGUGUCAUUAGUUUAGUUUGGAAUAUUUGGUAUAGCAUGUUUGAGGAGAAUGUUCAUUAAAAUGGAAAAGAUAAACAGCUGAGAAUUUCCAGAAUACUAAGCAAAUAUUGUUCAUAAUCAGAAUACCUGCCUUCCUGGGAUAUUUGUAAGGUGCUGUAGUUCUUUUUACACACUCGUGAAUCUCCUUCUUCAGUUGUUCUUGAUCGUUUGACUUCUUCUAAUCAGGGUUCAGAACAAUAAAAGCCUUUACUACCUAAAAUAAAUAUUUGAACACCAGGAAGAUGAGUUGUAUAUUCUUAUGUUUUAGUGUGUCUUUUCUUUCUCUUAACUUGGGAAUCUAAUCUAAAUACCUGAUGGGGUGGGCCAAAAGGUUUAUUAGGGCCUGAUCCCAGCUCUAUGCUCUUAAGCCAGCCAGUUGACUCCCACACCUAGAUUUUGUAUCUAAUACGAGAGCUUCUGGAACCCCUGCUUUGAUUAUGAUCUAUACUUGAACCUUCUCAUCUAACUACAUCUUAAACUCUACUUUCUGACCUGUUUCUGAUCAUCUCUGCUCUUGACUUCUUGCCUCAUCUUUUAUCUCCUUCGAAAAAGUUUUCUUUUGGAAACUUGGUAAUGCACUAAGCACAGUCUUUUAUAUAACAACCCAGCCUGAUCUAGUCUAGCUCAUAGGUCACCACCCUCAGUGUGGGCCUAAUAAACAGUAUUCUCAUGGGUUUGCCAUAUCCUUAUUGAAGGGAACAGUUCACUGAGUGAGACUGUCCACUCUUUAUU